UCACACUGAGUUGACGCGACGCGGCUUUCCCUUUACCAUCAUCGAUGCAAGUACCACGGACACCCCUUCGACGCGUCUCUCAGAACUCUUUGUUCGGGAAAUCGACUGUAGAUCCUGAUUCUCAAGUUUCUGGCUUGGCCUUCCUCGAUGCCGCUUUCUCGGAACUAGCGGAUGAAACGGACCAUAUGCACAGCGUCACCGAGGGCAUGAGACAAUUGAGCGAGUCGCUUGCCAAGUUCAACGAAUCUUUCGCAAGCUGGCUCUAUGUCAUGGAUAUGAACUCUCUGACGAUAGAUUGGCCUCAGGCUCCAUCUGAAGCCUCGUUCAUGCUCGCCAAGCGCCGCGCUGAACGUGACGCAAAAGCAGCGAUGGAAGCGAUCGAACAAGCAAACCGUGCGGCUGCCAUUGAAGCGGAACGAAGGGAAGCUGCCGCACGCGAAGCAUCCGCACGAGAAGCGGAGGCGUUCGAACAAACAUACACGGAUACAACAUUUGCUGUAGGAAACACCACUUCAGCACUUUUGUCUAGGCCAGGUGUCAAGAAAAAGGCCGGGAAACCCAAAUUGACUGCCAAAGAGAAGAAAGAGCGCAGUAUUGAGGUGGAGAAGGUGAUCGCAUGCUUGCCGUUGGAGUUCCGUGGAAGCGAUCCUAAUCUGCGUCGGAACAUGGAAUCCGUUAUCGAGGGCCUCCUCGAUGCAUCUAAUCGAGUUGUCAAACUGACCGAUCUCAUAUCACCUCCCGAUCUCAACCAGGCGCGGGUCAACAAAUGCCUAAUUGCACUAGGCACUGUGUUGUAUCAUUGGCAAGGCAUCUAAGACAACUUCAGAAGUAGGAGCCUGCUCCAGCAUAGCUGGCUGAGGCUGGGCCGUCGUCCACUUCCAGUUCUCCUGUCUGACGACGUAUCC